AUGACAAAGGCUGUAAUGGUGAGGCGAUACCUGCUCUGUUUAUUAACUCUUACACUCUGUUGUGCUUGUGGGUUAGUAUGGGCUGAUGGUCCUAAAGCUUCUGAUUCCCUUAUUAAACCUUCUACUGUUGGUGUUCCUUCUCUUGUUCGUCGUGCCAUUCCUGCAGAUGGAGAUUGGCUUGUGUGGAAUGUGGAUCAGGAAGAAGAGAAUGAGGAGGAAGUUGCAGAACCAAAUGUUGCUUCUACGGAUCCUGGUGGCUUGCGUUCUUCGUCUAGUAGUACAUCCAUUAAUACGGGUCUCUCAGGUGGUGGACCUGGGCCUAAAGAACUAGAGAGAGCAGAGGAAAACAGACACCUCGGAGGGGAUGUGGGUCACAAUCGACAAACAAAUGAUAUCAACCCAUCAGGUAAUCCUAGGGUAAAUGGGCAAGUGAGUGCUACUCUUCCAGCCAUAUCUCCUUCUGCUCUGGGAGGUCAACAGCCUGUUUCUCCUGCACCAGAGCCAGCUCCAGUUGCACCAAAAGUAUCCAGUGAACACUCAAGUACAGAACGAACUGAAGAUUCAUCCACUAAAGACGAUCAUGCUCUUCAACAUGCAAUGAAAUCACCAGAGAAACAACAAGAAGGCACAAAUACUCACGAUAAACAAGGCGGAAAGACCGCAGAUACAUCAAUGCCAGAAACUCCUGUCGUGCAAGAGAGUUCUGCCAAUACACCUCAGAAUACACCUGAGACUUCUUCCAGCACUUCAGCCACACCGAAUGCUAACGAAUCUGGAGAUGCACAGAGUGAAUCAACAAGUACCCAAAACACUGAUGUGGGUAGUGCCAACUCCUCAACCACCACCACCACAACUACAACAACAACACUUCCUCCUGAACUCACAAACAACAAGAAGGGUGAUGCAGACAGCAGCAGCAGUAUCAGCAGUUCUGUGUGGGUGCGU